GAAAAAUUAGAACGAUUUUAAACACAUUCUUUUUAUUUUUGGUAAAUGAUCGUAAGGCGUAGGCGCUCCGGGAAAGCGUGAUAUUUUAUCCAGAAUAAAGAUUCCAGCCUUUCGGGUCCUGUCCUACCUAUCAAUAUGAUGUGUGGAUUUACAAGUAACCCAUCUCCGAAAAAGCUCUUGUCAAAAUCAAGUGCAACCAAUGUUCACUUAGAAAUCAGUCCAGUCAAACCUGACCGUCCAUGCAAAGGCUAUGAAAAUGUGCUAGGCUCCUGCACAACAGUUGCAAAGUGUGCAGACCUUACAGAUGAUCUGCCUGUACACAACAAAGAGAAUCUUUUACAUGGAUUCAAUGAUUUAGAAAGACACCAUGAUGAAGAAAAUAGUUCAUUGCAAGAUAGUGGUUAUUCAUCAAUACUGCAAAAUGACUCUCCAUGUCAAGAUGAAACAGACAGUAAUGUGUCAGAUAUUCAAGUACGUGACACGCCAAAGAAUCUCAUGCAGUACCAAAAACCCUUUCAUACUUUAUCUACAAGAUGUUUGCCGAUCCUUCGUUUUGAAGCAGCCAUGUGUUCUACGCUGAAGAAAAUGAGAAAAACAAGUAAAAAAAUUGACUGGAACGCGGUUGAUGAUGUCGUUUGUGGUGGAAACUAUGGUCUUGAGCAUCUGAUUGGCAAAAGUAUGGGAUUGGAAAGAGUAGAUAUCCUUGCAGAACUUUUCCAUCGAGACUUCAAGCAUUUGCUGACUAAAAUUUUAAGGCACCUUAAUGCAAUGGAUUUAAUAAAUGUCAUCGGUGUGAGCACAACAUGGAGAAAAAUACUACAAAAAGACAACUGGGCCUACAAUACUUACAAAUUAGGAUGCAAGGAACUUUGUGAAAAGCGAGCCAAAGUAUCCACCCACACUGCAACCCGUGAUGAGUCUCUCUGCCGUGUGCCUUUAGCAUCUGUUCAAAAAGUAGCAGCGUCCUCUCUCUGCACAUCAAAAAAGCAGAAUAAAAAUGGAGGCCUGUCUAAUAACAGACAUGCAGAAUUUAUUGAGGUUGCUCAGACUUUAAAGAAUGACCAAAGCCUUAAAGCUUGUGUGGACUGUGGCUCCCCAGCUAAAUAUGACUCCUACCUUCAUCGUGCCAUCUGCACACGAGAGAGCUGUAAAUUGGACUUUUGCACACUGUGCUCUUGUAAAUAUCACUCUUCAAAAAGCUGCCUGAUAAGUAAGCCGAGGAGCUAUAGAAUUCCUAUAGAGCCAUUGCCCGGAAGCAAAAAAAGCAAACAGAAUUUACGGAGGUUGUAGUUUAGUAAAAAUGAAUUUAAAUCACAUUAUGGGUAUAGUCAUAAAGUGUCAAAAUACACAUUUUAAAAUAUAUACAUACAUGUAUGUAUGUGCUCCGUUAUCUACGUUUUAGUAUUUUAAUGGAGCAAUAGUUAGAUUCAUUUAUUUUGCUUACUCUUAAUGUUAAGAUAGAAGUCUUAUUGGUGAAUUUAAAAAUCAAUUUGCAUCUUAGGUACAAUCUUUUUAUAUUUCUAAGCUUUUAUAUAUACAUAUUGUUAUCUCUUAUAAGGGAUCACCCAUAGGAAUUGCUUUUCUCAUUGGGGAAAAAUGUAUUUUUUAAUAUAUUUGCCUUUUUGGGCAACGUUUUGUAAAUAUGUAUUAUGUGAGUCUGUUUCUUUUAUAUGUUCUCUAUGGUUAUCUCUGUUUGUGUGCAGUAUAUUUUGCGCUGCUAAAUAAAUUAUUGCAAUUC